AUGAGAUUUUUCCUACUGUUUCUCCUAAUUUCACCAAUUUUUGGCUAUAUUCAAGAAAUCCAAGAAGAUCAAGAUCAAGAAGAAUGUGUUGAAGAAGACGGACUUCAGCAAGAUGCUGGAAUUUCAGUUCGAAAAACCAUCUACACAACAAGAUGCCGUGAUGAUUAUCAGAUUUUCUAUCGGAAAAACCAGAAAACUGCGGCGUGGUGUUUGAAAAUCAAAUUUUCACAGAAUCCCAUAAGUCAGGUUACGGCCAAAAAAAUGUGUGCGGAGGAUGGAGCGGUUUUGUCGCUUUUUGAUAAUGAGGAAGAAUCAAAACAGCUUUUUGGUGAGAAAAAUUGAGAUGAGCAAUGGUUUGGGCUCCUUUUGAGACCAAACAUGGGGUAGAACAAUUUCUAACAUGAGCAAUACUAUAGAGCUCACAAAAUCUGAUUUUUAGACACUAAAUUUAACCCAGGAAAAUAUUUUAACAUGAGCAAUGCUCUAGAGCUCGAAAUUCCUGGUUUUUACAGUCCAAAUUCGAUCUGGGAGCAGUUUUUAACAUGAGCAAUGAGUUCGGCUCAUUUUUUGGCUCAUUUUGACACUAAAUUUGAUCUAGAACAAUUUUUAACAUGAGCAAUGCUCUAGAGCUCACAAAAUCUGAUUUUUGACACUAAAUUUGACCUAGAGGAAUUUUUCUAACAUGAGCAAUGCUCUAGAGCUCACAAAAUCUGAUUUUUAGACACUAAAUUCAACCUAGAUUACUGUACCCUACAGUACCCUUCAAAAUCAUCCGAAUUCCAGCAAAAAAUCUGAAAAUUUCCAGCCAAACUCUCGGCGGCCGAAACCAACAAUCAAUUUGUUCGAAUCGACGGCGAACGAAAAUCGCACUGUCAUUCGGAUCAGAGCAUUCGAUCCGAUCCGAGUUGUCGUGCUGGCGAGGUACUGUAACUAGCUACAGUAAUCCCCACGGGAUACUGUAGAAAAUUCGGCGAAUUUUGAGUGUAAACACGACUGGGUUGGGUUACUGUAGACUUUUUUGAUCUACCAAAUUUUGAAGCAGUACUGUAAGUACAGUCAUGUUUAUACUCAAAAUGGUUCUCUACAGUACCCCUAGAUUACUGUAGCCAUCAAAAAUACCGUAAUCCUCUCAGGCUUUCAAUAUGCUGAACAGUCAAACCGAUCCGAAUUUCACCAAAAACAGUUUCCUGCCCGGUGAUCCGAAUUACGCGUUCAAAGAUCCCAAGUGAGUACGGUAGGGGCCCUACAGUAAUCCUACAGUAACCCUAGUCAUAUUUAUAAUCAAAAUGCUCCAAAUUUUGUGCCACGUGGCAAAUUCGCCGAAUUUUCAGCCCAAACGCUGAAAAUUGCCUGACAAUUUGGACGAAUCGUCAAAAAAUCAUCGAUAAUGCGUGUGUUCCGAGCCCACCGCAAGGUCCGAUUCGAGGAGUUUUGUGUGGCAAAGAGCCCGAGGACUAA